AUGAAACCUUCAGAAGGCGAGAAAUGGAGUAAUAAUGGAGUUUCUCAACUAAAACAUCAACAUUACGCGAUACAUAAUCUUUUAACAUAUCUUUAUGACGUCGAUGGCAAAAAUCGUCGUAGCAUGCAUCUUGUUGAUGCUUUAGGAGUUGAUUCACGUAUGCCUUAUGCAUCGAUUACGAACGAUUUAGCACAGUACAACAAAACCGAUAAUCAAGGUGAAAUAAGUAAAAGAUAUCUCGGUCAGAAUGAAGCGGAUUUGGUUCAGUCAAUUACAGAGAAGAAACCUAUGGAAAGUUUUGCAAG